GGCUGUACCACUUCCUCUUUAAAGGAAAGAAAAUCUUGAAGUGACGUCUGUGGGCCUUAGAGAACUACGUAAAAUGGCGAAGAAAACUUAUGAUCUGUUAUUUAAGUUAUUGUUGAUAGGUGACUCAGGUGUUGGGAAAACGUGCAUCCUAUUUAGGUUUUCGGACGAUGCCUUCACAACAACAUUCAUAUCCACUAUAGGUAUUGACUUCAAAAUUAAGACUGUUGAGCUGAGAGGAAAAAAGAUCAAAUUGCAGAUAUGGGACACAGCAGGGCAGGAGAGAUUCCACACCAUAACGACAUCAUAUUAUCGAGGUGCAAUGGGAAUAAUGCUAGUUUAUGAUAUAACAAAUGAGAAGAGUUUUGAGAAUAUAGUGAAGUGGCUUCGAAAUAUUGAUGAACAUGCGAAUGAAGACGUGGAGAAAAUGAUUCUGGGUAAUAAGAGUGAUAUGGAGGACAAACGAGUAGUAAGCAGAGAGCGUGGCGAAGCAAUUGCACGAGAGCAUGGAAUCAGGUUCAUGGAAACAUCAGCAAAAGCAAACAUAAAUAUAGAACGGGCAUUUAAUGAAUUAGCGGAGGCCAUUCUUGAUAAAACUGCUGGUAGAGAUCCAGCGGAGUCAUCGGACAGAGUGAUAGUUCCAGACAGACGGGGAGAAAGAGGCUCCAACAGGUGCUGCUAGGUGUAGCUUAAAAACAAAAUAAAAACAAAAACUCUUAUGCUACCAGGGAUGCAGAGCAGUUUGAUUUGCUGUAUUACAAGCUGUGAUGUAUUGCCAAAGAAUAAAAAUGGGAUUUAAAACUC